AUGUUUCUCACAGUGUGUGAACUUAUGGGACCUUUCUACUCUCAGUCCCAAUAUCCUGAUUGGUCACUGGAUUUCUACAAUGUUAUGAUGCCUCAAGCUAGUGUGCCUCUCAGCUCAAUUCAACAAUUUGAGACCCAGUUUUUUCAGCCCAGUCUUACUGCUAUGGGAUAUCUUGGUAGCAGUACCAUGCAGAACAUGUCAUUCAGCUCACCAGCUUCUUUGGGAUUGUUGCUUGCCAACUCCAUGCAUGGGUGGAAUUUCAACAACAGCAAUUUUAAUUUGACAGGGUGGGAGAAAUCUAGUCUCUCUUCUUUGUUGACCUCUCCAACCUCUACUGAGCACAGUACCACAAGCCCUAGCCUCAACAAGCAACUUCCUCAAUUUGCUUAUCAGCUUCCCACCCUUCCAGCUGCCAACCCCCCUUCUGUGAACAAGACCACACAACCUGCUGAAGUUCCCAAUUCACAGGCUGGUACCAAAUGUGCUACAACCAAGUGCAAGUGCAAGUCAAACCUUCCUACAACCAAGUCUCUCACAGUACAUGCCAACAAGCCUCACUCUGCCAACAAAUCUAUUUCAGACACUCCCACUGUUACAGCCACACCCACUAGAGUGAAAUUCACUCCCCUGGUCAAUUCUACUGAGCCUAUCCCUGUGCCAGUGAUCACACUUGCAAAGGUGGCCAAACCCAAGGCCAAACCAAAACCCAAAUCGAAACCCAAGGCGACUUCUGUCAAUAUCAAGUCCAGUGCAGUAAUGGAGAUAACACAUGUUGCUGCAGAUGAAGGUAACACAUUGAGUGAUUCAACUACUAUCAAUAAUAUCAUGCAAAAAGCUAUUGCAAGUCAGAUUGGAGUGACACAUGUAUCAAAGUGCAUUGCAAUAAAAUCCAGGUGGAAUGAUAUUGCUGACACAAUUGGGUCUGAUGGCCUGACAUUUGUUGGUAUUGGUAGCAAGGAAAAUCCAGGUGUUUUGGUGGAGGUUGGGGGAACAUCAUUGAAGCAUGCAGCUGACUCGACUGCAGAAGGCACAAUUCCAUCAAAGUAUGUCUGA